UUUCAGCACUAUAUUAGCGUGCAAAAUACAAGCCUAGAUCAGGACUGCAGAAAGGUUAUAAGAAGAUAAAAGAAAAUCUGAGCUACACUGACACUCCACUGAUGAGUUCAGGUCAACUACUACACGCUAUCUGGCAACAAUGGCUUCACCGAGAGGUCACCAUCGGCGCGGAAGCAUGGAGCUACCACCUAACAUGUUAUCUGAUGUUUUUCAUCUCACAGAUGAAUUGACUAGACUUCAAAGGGACAUUUCCCUAGAAUGUAUCAAGCAUUUGGAGAAAAUUCAUGAUCUCAUCAAUAAGUUUAAAAAUGGUUACAGAUUUGCUAUUUAUGCACUCAGUGGAGGAGUAAUAACUGGAGGAAUCGCACUGGUGUUGUUGGCAUUAUCGUUUUUUGUAAUUGAUGAAGAGGAUUGUGAUGUUUUUUCUGCAGCAGGGGCAGCUGCGGCUGUAGUUGCUGUAUUAUGUGCUGCUUUUGGACUAAACAGGAAAACACAGCAGGAAAAGAACUUAAAACGAUCUGUUGAAGAGGAACUUCAUGGAUUUCAGGAUAAAGUAAACCCGAUUAUUGACAUGCUGGAAACAAUCUGUCAACGCACUGAGGAAAUACUGAGAGAUCCUUCACUAUCAUACCACAAAACCCAGGCAUUAAGUGAACAUUUUGCCUACUGCUUUAAAAAAAGGCACCUCUUCCAGGAACAUGACAGGAGUAAAGUGGUUUCUAAAAUUGUGCAUUUGUCUGGAAACAUUUCAGAAAUGAUCGCCAAAGUUAGUUCUGUGCCUGAUAUCCUCAAAGAGAUUAUCGAAGACAACAAGAGGCAACGUGCCAAACCUGUCAGACCCAGACAGGAACAAAUACAUAAAAGAGAGUUUAAGGAGAAAGCAGAGAAAUUCAUUAAUGAUAUGCAGAAAGGAAUAUGUGAGUUAAAAAAUAGCGUGAAAGAAAUCAGCCAAAAAACAGACAGAAUAUCAGAUAUUUUUAGUUGAACCUGAGAAAAUGAAAAAGUAUGAACUGCUGAGACAGAACUUGUUACUGGAUCCACCUGACAGAGGA